AGAAAGGGUCGCUUCCUUCAAAGAAUCGGACUUUGGAAAGCGAUCUACUUAGCUACUUACCUGGAUCAAUCGUCCAGCGAGCUUCUUCAUCCUCGUUAAACGUCACGUCAAGACCGGACCGGAUCUUCGUUCGAAGAUCAUAAUCUAAUAUCAGCCUCCGACCUAUCACGCUGCACCUAAACCCCACCUUGUCGACCUUGACAUUAUCAGCUACAAACCAACUUUCACCGCAAUUUCGAUCCCAUCGCCAUGCUCUCCGCACACCCACCCGUCCCGCUCGAAUCCAUACAAUUCGUUCAAGACCCCAACGGCACCGGACGUCGACUCUCCCUGACGACAGCCACGGGCCACGUCCUCCAGACUCAACGUGGAGUAGCGGGUACGCCGGGCACUUUGAGCCCCUUGCCCGGGACCCCCGAAGAUACCUCCCCGGAACAUACGAGCAGUGAGCAUGAACAUAGCGAACCGGGGACUCCGGGAGGUGAGACGACCAGGAGCGGUCAGAGUACGCCGGAUUUCGGUGGGUUGGGGCAGGGGACGCAGUUGGAAGAGAAGGAUUUCGAGGAACAUGCGAGGGGAAGGAGCGACUCGCAUUUGCCUUCUCGGCUGAGGGAAAUGUCGAUUGCGGACGACGAUCACACCGACAACCAUGACCACCAUUCCGAGCAGAGUCCAGCUCGACCGGCGUCAAAUACUGCAGCGUCAGUGUUUGGUCGCAGACACUUGCCAGCAGGUCUACAGAUCACCCCGGCCUCGCCUUCAGGUUCAGCCAGGGGGAUGGGUUCGCCAUCUCGAAAAGCGUCCUCGGGAUCGACCAUGACGAUGGAUCAAGGGCACCCACACACCUCGCACACGGCCGCCUCGACACCAGGACAUUCCCCACCAGCUUCUGCACAUGCGACCAGGCAUGCAAAGCAUCAUACUGGACCUCUGCACGACUUGAAACGGUUCCUGAACCAUCACAUUGGGCAUCACGGGGAUAGACCUUCGGGCAGUCGGAGUGGGAGUUUCUUCCACCGGGAUCGAGGCCAGAGCGGGAGUGAGACCCCGGCGAUCCAUCCGGCCGUGCUCGCUGUCGCUAGGGACGGGAUGGCUACCCCGGGAGGCGGGAUGAGCGGGGUCCAGACGCCCGGAUCGCAGCUGCGUGGAGGCGAUUUCUUCACCCUCGCUGGUGCCGGUAGUGGAAACGGGACUGGUUCCAUGACGGGAGCGACGAAUACCCCGGGCAACGGAACGCCCGUUUCACAGUCGACGACUACGGUUGACAGCCUUGGAGGAUUCGGAUCGGUCGUCGCGAGUCCUACCCAGACGUCCGUCGGUUUGCCUCCUAGUUCGCCGAGUCCCGUUCACCAGCAGGGCAACCAGCAACAGCAGCAACAACAACAACAACAACAACAACAACAGCACAACGGCCACUCGUACUCGGUCAAGGAUCAUGCGAGACCCGGCAACCUGCCCAAGACGCGCGACAACCACUCGACACACACGAACAACCUCGUCGGGUUCCUCAAGCACCAUAACCGGGAUCACGACAAGAGUUCGUCCUCGCUCGCUUCCUUCUUUGGCGGCAGCUCGGCCGACAAGGAGGAAAAAGCCAGGCUCAAGGAGGAGAAGAAACGUCACGAGCGAGAGGCCAAGGAGCGAGAACACCAGGCCAAGCUGGAAAAGGAGCGGGAACGAGCGGCGGCCAAAGCGGAACGCGAAAAGGAAAAGAGCGCUCACAGCACGCCCUUGCAAACGCCCGUUCCAUCCAGAGGCGCAUCGACCAUGGUCAGCCCGUCGAUUGCCCCCACGGCAACUCCCAGUGGUGCGGUCACGCCCAUCGGACCCGGUCAUUUCCCCGAGCCUAGCGCGCUCGAAGCUACUCAGGCUCACAUGAGCAAAAAGUACGGCAAGUGGGGUCGCGUACUGGGCAGCGGGGCGGGAGGCACCGUCCGACUCGUCAAGGCGAGCAGCAAGACGGGUGGGACGACCUAUGCCGUCAAGGAGUUCAGACCUAAACGGGCCGGAGAGGACGCCAAGGAUUAUCAGAGAAAGGUCAUGGCCGAGUUUUGCGUGGGGGUCACGUUGAAACACGUCAAUGUAAUCGAGACGGUCGACAUUCUCAAUGAUCAUGGUCAUUUCUUCGAGAUCAUGGAGUACGCGCCAUACGACUUGUUCUCGGUCGUCAUGUCGGGCAAGAUGUCGAGGCCGGAAAUGUACUGCGUCUUCCGACAGAUUAUCGACGGGGUUGAUUACCUGCACAAGAUGGGUCUCGCACAUCGGGAUCUCAAGCUCGACAAUUGUGUCAUGACGCCAGACAAUAUCGUCAAACUCAUCGAUUUCGGAACUGCUACCGUCUUCUAUUACCCUGGCAAGCACAACAUCCCGGCUUCGGGCAUCGUCGGAUCAGAUCCCUACCUCGCCCCUGAAGUGCUCAGCAAAGAUCACUACGACCCCCGCUUGACCGACGUUUGGUCGGUAGCGAUGAUCUUCAUGUGCAUGGUACUCCGAAGGUUCCCCUGGAAGCUCCCGGACACCAAGACGGACGCUAGCUUCCGGUUGUACUGUAACACGCAUCCGGACCUCUGCAAGAAGCCUGCUCGCUCUGCAACAAUGUCAAGAAGCGCGUCGGUGGCCCCUAACGGUGCCAUAAGGGAUUCGGACACUGCCUCGAUCACCCCUACCCUCAACAACGAAACUGAAAACGGCGCCGUAGACAAGCAGCGAAUCAAACAGUCGCUACAGGUCACCAAGCUCAGCGAAGACACAGCCGAUUCUGCUUCAUCUGCCUGCUCGAUCGCUGAACCGCUGCAGCUCUCCGAGUCGCCAGAGGCCGAGAUGGACCGCAGCGUGCUGCAAUUGGCUCGACCGGGAGACUCGACAGCCAGCUUGCCUCCCACAAGACUCAACACGGAAAAUGACGGCGCUGCGCCGACGCAAAAUGGUGAUCAUUUGCAUCCAGACGAGGCUCGCUGGAACCGACCGCGAGCGGCAACGGCCUCGUAUCAGGACCAAUCUUUGCCGACCACGCCUAGUCGACAACCCCACUCUUCAGCACCCGUACCUCCGCCAUCUCGCCCGCGUUCAGACUCUGCGGCGACUUUCAAUGCCGGCGGAGCCGAUUCCAUCUUCCGGCUCUUGCCUCGAGAAUGUCGUCCGGCCCUCACGCGAAUGCUCUCCGUCGAGCCGACUAUACGGUGUACACUUUCAGAACUGUUGCGCGGGAGGGGAAAAGACGGAUUGCAUUGCGAAUGUGGAGCCGACGGUUGUGGUGGGGAGUUCUACACGCCAGCGAUACAAAGGCAAAUCGAAGAGGUUGGCGAUGAGGAUCACGGAGACGAAUGGCUCCAGAGCAUUGCCUGCUGUUCACAUCCUGGCGGCGCCAGAGACCACCAUCAGCAUAUCAAGGUUCAGCCAGAAGAGGGGAAAAUCAAGAAGAAGUUGUUCCACUGAGCGGGAUCACUACCCAGAUUGAAGGGGUGAUUACAGGAAUUCGAGAGCUAUUUGUAUCAUUAUAGGAGCAUGAAAAGCCUUCAAAAUUGUAUGCGACAAGCACGAUUGAAUAAGUCUAGUCCAAUGUCCGGGUCUGCUGUGACUGGACUACAAGCAAUCAUCAACGG